GAAAGGCUGGCAUGGAGAGUAGUAAUGCAGGGAGAUAGAGGAGGGAAGCGGUGGGGAAAGGCUGGCAUGGAGAGUAGUGAGGCAGGGAGAUAGAGGAGGGAAGCGGUGGGGAAAGGCUGGCAUGGAGAGUAGUGAGGCAGGGAGAUAGAGGAGGGAAGCGGUGGGCAGUGGGAAAAAGCUGGGAGAGAGAGAGGAGAGCGGAGGGAGGCAGGGGAGUGAGGCAGAGCGGAGAGACUGCUGCAGAGGUGGAAGCUGCAGGAGUAUCUGCUCAUCACGUGUGCUAGGGGCGGAGACCUGGCACUGACUUUUUUACGAGUAUUUACUACGAGCUAUCACCCUAUUAGCUCAGAUCCCCGGCUGUCAGCCUGUCCAUGCCUUGCCCCAGUAACCCACUGCCCAGCCCCGUAUCCCUAUCCUGGACCCCAGUUGAGAAUGGAAGAUCCAAUGGCGGACCUAAUAACCACGGCUGCUGCCCGGGGGGAAUUGGAGAGAUUAGAAGACCUGCUGAAGGGGGCGCGAAAUGUGGAUGCACCCAACAGAUUUGGGAGGACUGCUUUGCAGGUGAUGCGGCUGGGGAAUCCUGCUGUAGCCAGACUGCUUCUGAGCCAAGGAGCUGACCCGAACCUGCGAGACAGGACUGGCUACUCUGUUCUGCACGAUGCGGCCAGGGCAGGCUUCCAGGACACGCUGAAGACUCUGUUUGAUUUCCAAGCAGAUGCCAAUAUACAAGAUAAUGAAGGCAACCUGCCCUUACAUCUGGCAGCCAAAGAAGGUCAUCUCCAAGUGGUGAAAUUCCUGGUCCUUCACACGGACAGCCAGGUGGGCCACCGGAACCGGUACGGGGACACCCCAUGUGACCUGGCCAAGGUGUAUAAAAGAGAAGAUGUGAUUCAGUGGCUACAUUGCUACGCCAAUGGGCAGGAGCCGGGUGGCAAGUGACUGCUCCCUAAUCUGUGCCCUGGUAGAGACAAUUCGGCAGAUCAACAAUUCAGCACCAUGUUAAGUCCCAGCAGGCACAAGGAGGGUUAAUGUAAUGUUACACCUCCCACCUGCCCGAUAGAAAGAUUUGCAGGCGAACUGUUCUAGCUGAGUCUAUGCUAGAUGUAUCUGUCGUAACUAAAUAACUGUGAUUAAUGGACUGGUUACAAGCACUAGGGAUGGGAAGGGAUCUGGGCAGAAAAAUCUUUUUUUUUUUGCCAUGUAAAUAAAUCCGCAGCCCCGCUGCUAAAUGUAUCUAAUCUAGCACACAUUGUGUAACCCCCUACUAAACAAAUGCCCAAUGUCUGUGUCUCUCCCUUGUACGUCUUUGCCCCCCAAGCAUCGAAUCCUGAACACUGGGUGCCCCACCCCUGCUGUAUGAGUGUAUAAAACCCGUGGCACUCCAGCUUUGGCUGGGCACCCACCAUGCACGCUAUAGAGCCAUCCUAUGUGUGUUAUCACCGUUUGUAAAGUUUAUUCUGCUUUUAAUUGCUGGAAAUAAAUAUUUCCAAAUGCUUUUCAAACUUUUGCCAAAUACCCAACCACCCUGAGACCAUGAGAUUGUAAAUCUUUAAGGUACAAAUAAAAACAUAUUUUCUGCUCAGCUCACCCUGUUUUCAUUUUCAGUGCACCUACAGAGUCCAGUUUUUAUUCGUGUAUAAGAAAGUGGUUACCCAUGUUUCUAAACUCGGAUUUAUUGUUUAAAUUCUGUUACACUAACAAUUUGUAAACACUUUUAAUGCAUUAAAGUGAUACAGUAUUGCUAAUAAAUAUAUAUGUAUUUAAUCUCCCCUUAUCAAAACAUGAAGGACAUUAAGUCAUGUAUUAAGCUUCCAAAAAAUGCCCUCCCCUUUAAAUAAAACAGGAAUUGUUUGUGCAUAUAUUGCAAUACAUUCAACUAUAACUAUAUAAUUACAAUUUAACAGACAUAAUGGUAAUUUAUUAACUCUUUCCAACCCAUCUGUAUUUUUUUUUAAAGUGUACUUUCCCUAUUAAAAUCAGAUGCAAUUUGUCAUAAAUUGCUUGUUAACUGCA